CCUGCUGGCAACUGGAGACAAGAGACCGCAGCUACAAGCCUUGGAGAAUUAAAACAAAAGUCAGCGCUGUGUUUUCUGCAGUAGGAUGGGCUCCAGCAGCUCCAGCAUCGACAACAUCCCCAAUGCCCAAGAGAUCAUGCAGGAAACUGGCUUCUCUGCUGCCCACCUCCUGCGUCUGUAUGAGAGGUUUCAAUUUCUGGACAAAGACCAGACAGGAGAGCUCAGGCCUGAGGAUUUCGAAGCUCUUCGGGAGUUGGCCAUGAACCCCAUUGGAGACAGGAUCAUCGGUGCCUUCUUCUCUCCAGGACAGGAAAGAGUGGACUUUCCCUCCUUUGUCCAGGUUCUGGCUCAUUUUCGUCCCACCGACACAAACCGAACCAGAGGAGGGACACAGCAGGAGCCAGCCAACAGCAGCACCAGGAAACUCAAAUUUGCCUUCCAAUUGUAUGAUCAAGACAGAGAUGGAAAGAUUUCCAGAGCAGAGCUUCUUGAGGUUUGUGCUGCGGGCGAUGCUGGGGUUGCAGGUGACAGAGGAGCAGCUGCAGAGCAUCGCAGAGCGAGCCAUCCAAGAGGCUGACCUGGACAAAGACAACGCCAUUUCCUUCGACGAGUUCAGAAAGUCUCUGGAGAAAGUGAACAUCGAUCACAAGAUGAGUAUUCGCUUCCUGAGAUAAAGAUGAAACCUGCUAAGACUUUGGGAUUUUCCUGUUUACACUGAAAAGAAGAUGAGAUGAAAAUUCAGUUGGAGACAUGAAGAGGAACCAACAGAGAGAAGCUGAUCAGAUGGAAUUAAACAGAUGCUAUUCUUUAGCAUGGUUACUGAAUAAGUCUAAUAUGCUGCUUCCAUUGGUUCAGACCAUUGGCAGCAGUAACACGUCCCUACAGGGCUUUUACCUCAAUGGAAAUGGAGGAUGAGGAGUUCAGAUGAAGGAAACUAAUGGAUGAGGUGGAUGGAGCAGGAACAAAUUCUCACCUAUCACCACAGAGACCUGGUAAUCAUUUCUUUAAGGGUAGGCAGUAACCUUUACAUAUAACAUAUAAACAGAUCAAUAAACAAUAAAUUCUGUUGAACAAAAGUACAAAACUUAUAAACAAGGGUUAAACUGUGAUGAGAAAACAAAAAUGAAGUAGUAAAGUAACAUUAGUAACAACAAUUUGCUUUUUCAACAAAAAAGAUCAGAUUUUCGAUUUGAUUAUCAUCAUCAUAUCAUCUAUAUACUAUGUAGCCAGAGUUGUUAGCUGGUUGGCUGUGACGCCUGCACAGUGGGAAUUGGAACUGGAACUGGAACUGGAUAACUGGAUGAACCUCCUACGUGAUUUGCCCUUCAGGUGAAGCUCAUUGGUGGACCUCAUGGACCCUGUUCUCCUGAAACUAAAUACAAGUGCAAAUGCAAGUGCAAACAAUUAAGAUAGACAUCAGGAGUAGUGCAACCCAAGCACACUAGAUGAAUAUGGAUUCUGCAAUAUGGCCAAUCACAUGAGUUAAUCUUGUCUUGCAGAUUGGACGUCAUGGUGUGUAUGACGCACAUCCACAAGAAUACAAGGAUUUGUGUAACUUAAAAUUCUUCAUCCGCCAUAUCUGUGAGGGG